AUGCCCCUCAUUCCGUCGACCACGGCAACAGGAGGGCGUCCGCGCGUGAUUCUGGGGUUGAUGACGUUCGGGCCUCCGAACACGGAAUCCAAGGGCUCGCGCAUCACGACUUUGGAUGAGUAUAACAAAUGCCUCGACUACUUCCAGUCCCAGGGGUACAACGAAAUAGAUACGGCGCGAAGCUACGUGGGCGGGGAGCAGGAAGGCUGGACACGCGAGGCCAACUGGAAACAACGCGGCCUGACGCUCGCGACGAAAUGCUACCCGACGAACCCGGGCGACCAUAGACCGGAGAACCUGCGGGCAAGCCUCGAGAAGAGCUUGAAAGAGCUGGGCACCGACUGCGUGGACAUCUUCUACUUGCAUGCGCCGGACCGCAGCAUCCCGUUCGCAGCCACAUUGAAGGAAUGCAACGCCCUCUUCAAGGAGGGCAAGUUUGUCCAGUUGGGACUGAGCAACUAUGCCGCUUGGGAAGUCGCCGAGAUUUGGAACAUCGCCAACGAGAGAGGUUGGGUCAAGCCUACCAUUUACCAGGCCAUGUAUAAUGCCAUUACACGGGACAUUGAGAAGGAAUUGAUUCCUUGUUGCAGAAAAUAUGGUUUAGAUCUGGUAGUCUACAAUCCCCUCGCCGGCGGCGUCUUCAGCGGAAAAUACAAGUCCAAAUCCGAGAUCCCCUCAGAAGGCCGAUUCGCAAACACCAGUGAACGAACGGGCAAGAUGUACAGAGAACGUUAUUUCCAAGACGCCACCUUCCAAGCUCUCCAACAUAUCGAGCCCGUGGUCAAGCAGCAAGGUUUAACUCUGGUCGAGACCGCCCUGCGAUGGUGUGUCCACCACUCUCAAUUGAAACUGGCUAACAAGGGCGGUAAUGACGGGAUCAUCAUCGGCGUCAGCAGUUUCAGUCAAUUGCAGCAGAACCUGGCCGACCUGGAAAAGGGGCCUUUGCCAGAUGAAGUGGUCAAGGUCCUCGACGAGGCUUGGGACGGCUUCCUUAAGGGCAGGGCUCCGUCGUAUUGGCGGUAA